UCUGAAGAAGAGGCUAGGACCACCACACUCACACACAAAGAACCCACACACACACACACUGUCUCUCUCUCUCUCUCUCUCCCCCUCUCUCACACUCACACACACACACUCCGCAACCAACCCCAACCCCGAUGGUGAUGAAUACAUUGGAAAGUUUUUUUGGCCCCGGAGAGGGUGUCAGAUUGAAUGCUCUGUGCGCAUGUGCGAAGGUGUCCAAACUGACAAUGCUCGGGAGAUGAAGAUAGCGCGGCAGAGCAGCCGCGGGUUCAAGGAGGGAUCCACUCCGCCGUCAAGAUGAGAUCUAAGGCGCGAGCGAGGAAACUGCCCAAAAGUGAAUCUCUGAAGAUUGGUUGUAAUUCCAGGAGAACACCAGCCACCACCUGGAGGUGACAACGAGAUUGUGAAUAAUAUGUAUGAAACUGAGGCAGACCUCCUGGCAGGCGAGAGUGCAGACGAGGAGAUGGAGGACGGCAUCAUGUCUCCCAUCCCUGUGGGACCUCCAUCCCCUUUCCCCACGGGCGAGGACUUCAACCCCAAAGAAGGCUCACCUUACGAAGCUCCUGUCUACAUCCCUGACGACAUUCCGAUCCCGCCCGACUUUGAACUGAGGGAGUCCUCCAUUCCGGGUGCAGGACUGGGCAUCUGGACCAAAAAGAAGAUUGAAAUUGGGGAAAGAUUUGGGCCUUACGUGACCUCUCCGAGGACGGCGUUGAAGGAAACAAACUUUGGGUGGGAGCAAAUGCUUACGGAUCCAGAGACAGCUUUGCAAGAUGGUUGCAUUAAAAAGAUUGGUGAAGACCUGGGCACUGAAAAAUUCUGUGUUGAUGCCAGUCAGACAGGAAAUGGAAACGGGAACUGGUUGAAGUACAUCCGAAUGGCGUGCUCCAGUGAAGAGCAAAAUCUCGCAGCAUGUCAUAUAAAUGACCAGAUUUAUUAUAAAGUUAUUAAAGAAAUAGAACCAGGAGAAGAGCUGCUGAUGUACAUGAAAGAAAGCACUUAUGCUGCUGGGAACAUGCCACCUAGUUUGGAAGAAGUGCACACGUUUCGCUGCGAGCAUUGUGACGAACUUUUCCAGUCAAAGAUGGAGAUGAGGCGGCACAAGAAAUACUCCUGCAACACUGUCAACUCCCUCUACGAGUCUCUGAGCGAGGAGAUUAAGCAAGAAGGUGCGGCUGAUGGGCAGGUCCAUGAAUGCAAAGACUGUGAGAGGAUGUUCCCGAACAAAUACAGCUUAGAGCAACACAUGAUCAUCCACACUGAAGAAAGGGAGUACAAAUGCGACCAGUGCCCCAAGGCCUUCAACUGGAAAUCAAACCUGAUUCGUCACCAGAUGUCACAUGACAGUGGCAAGCGAUUUGAAUGUGAAAACUGUGUGAAGGUGUUUACAGACCCCAGCAAUCUGCAACGGCACAUCCGUUCCCAGCACGUUGGCGCACGGGCUCACGCCUGCCCGGAUUGUGGGAAAACUUUCGCUACUUCGUCUGGCCUCAAGCAGCAUAAGCACAUUCACAGCACUGUCAAACCUUUCAUAUAUGCUUUAGGUGAGGUCUGCCACAAGUCCUACACGCAGUUCUCCAACCUGUGUCGCCACAAGCGGAUGCACGCCGACUGCCGGACCCAGAUCAAAUGCAAGGAUUGCGGGCAGAUGUUCAGCACCACCUCCUCACUCAACAAGCACCGGCGCUUCUGUGAGGGCAAGAACCAUUAUAACCCUGGGGGGAUUUUCAGCUCAGGGUUGCCUCUGACCCCUAGCUCCAUGAUGGACAAAUCCAAGCCGUCUCCCAAUCUCAACCACACCAGCCUCGGGUUCAACGAUUACUUCCCAUCCCGGCCACACCCAGGAGGACUUCCAUUUUCACCUGCUCCUCCUGGGUUUCCAGCCCUGACUCAUGGCUUCCCAGGUAUUUUCCCUCCCUCUCUAUAUCCCAGGCCCCCUUUAUUACCUCCAACACAGCUGCUAAAGAGUCCCAUCAACCACACCCAAGACGCCAAGCUUCCGAGCCCCCUGGGGAACCCGGCCCUCCCUCUCAUUUCUGCUGUGAGCAACAGUGGCCAUCCAGUCUUGGGAGACGAGAAGUUCAACAGCAGCCAUCUGGGGAACUCCUACCUGGAGAAGCUCAAAGCCAGGACCAGCGACGUCUCAGACGCGAGCGAUUUUGAGGACGUCAACACGACCACAGGCACGGAUCUGGACACCACCACUGGCACCGGGUCUGAUUUGGAGAGCGACGCAGAGAGUGACAAGAUGAAAGACAAGAGCAACCCGCCGGAAAGCAAGCCGGAUUUCCUCAGCGGCUCAGUGUCCACGAGUUCUGCUAACAACAUGAGCGACAUCCCUCUUUUCUACUCUCAGCAUUCCUUCUUCCCUCCCCCUGAAGAGCAGCUGCUUCCCACGGCCGGGGCAGCCAACGAUUCUAUAAAGGCCAUAGCCUCCAUUGCGGAGAAGUACUUUGGGCCCGGCUUCAUGGGGAUGCAGGAAAAGAAAAUAGGUUCCCUCCCGUACCAUUCCAUGUUUCCAUUCCAGUUCCUUCCCAACUUCCCCCAUUCGUUGUACCCUUUCACAGACCGGACCCUGAAUCACAGCUUGCUGGUCAAGGCAGAACCAAAGUCGCCCCGGGACCUUCACAAAAUGGGCAGCGGCAGCUCUGAGUCGCCCUUUGACCUUACCACAAAGCCAAAAGAAAUUAAGCCAGCCUUGCCGCCCCCCAAAAUCCUGCCCCCACACCCUUCUGGGGAGGAACAGCCACUAGACUUGAGCAUCGGCAACCGCAUCCGGGCGAGCCAGAAUGGGAGCCGGGACUCCCGAAAGAACCACGCUUACGGAGAGAGGAAACUAAUGGCCAGUGAAGUAUUACCCAAGAUUUCUCAGGCUCAGAUGCCGCCGCAACCAUCCCUGCAUUACGCUAAGCCGUCACCUUUUUUCAUGGACCCCAUCUACAGCAGGGUGGAGAAGCGGAAGGUGACGGACUCAGUGGGAGCACUAAAGGAGAAGUAUUUGAGGCCUUCCCCGCUGCUUUUUCAUCCCCAGAUGUCGGCAAUAGAAACCAUGACAGAGAAACUGGAGAGUUUUGCAGCCAUGAAAGCAGAUGCCGGCGCCUCGCUGCAGCCCCUCCCUCAUCACCCGUUCAACUUCCGGUCGCCGCCCCCAACGCUGUCUGACCCCAUUUUGCGCAAGGGCAAAGAACGUUAUACCUGCAGGUACUGUGGUAAGAUCUUCCCACGAUCCGCGAAUCUGACGAGACAUCUCCGGACACACACAGGAGAACAGCCUUACAGGUGUAAAUACUGUGACAGGUCAUUCAGCAUUUCCUCGAACCUCCAACGCCACGUCCGAAACAUACACAACAAGGAGAAGCCAUUCAAAUGUCACCUAUGUAAUCGGUGCUUUGGCCAGCAGACCAAUCUCGACCGGCAUUUGAAGAAACACGAACACGAAAAUGUUCCAGUGAGCCAACACUCUGGGUCCAUCACAAACCACCUUGGGACCAACGCUUCCUCUCCAACCUCAGAAUCAGACAACCAUGCACUUUUAGAUGAGAAAGAGGACUCGUAUUUCUCUGAGAUCAGAAAUUUUAUCGCAAAUAGUGAGAUGAACCAAUCGUCGGCUCUAGCGGAUAAAAGGCCUGAAAUCCAGAACGCUGAUGGCAACUCCCAGUGCCACGGCCUUGCAAUCGACAAAACGGAAGACGUGGACGAGGAAGAGGAAGAACUGGAAGAGGAAGACGACGACAGCUUGACGGGGAAAUCGCAGGACGAGACGGUGUCUCCGACAACGGAGCCCCAAGGCGGGUAUGAGGAUGAGGAAGAUGAAGAGGCCGCAUCCCUUACCAUGAGUUUUGACCGCACCCGAAGGUGUAUUGAGGAGGACGAAGCCGGCUUGUUAGAUUUGGAGCAGAUGCCGCAUUUUGGGAAGGGGCUGGAUCUACGCAAAGCAUCCGAGGAAUCUUUUGAAGUUAAAGAUGUGUAUAAUCCCACCUUAGACUCUGAGGCAAUUAAACAGACACUGUACAGGCAGGCUAAAAAUCAGGCUUAUGCAAUGAUGUUAUCCCUUUCCGAGAACACACCCCUCCAUCCCUCUUCCCAGAACUCUCUGGAUGCUUGGUUGAACAUGGCAGGGGCAGCCUCGGAGUCAGGGGGCUUCAACUCCGUCGGUCACCUCUGAGAGGUUCGAGGGGGCACCCGCCACCAUCCCAGUAAGGAGACUGAGGUACCCCAAAAGGCCUCUCGGACACCCCAGAACGUGAGAAACUCACCCGAAGGCCUCCCAGGCUUUCCUGCUGGGAGAACAAACCCGUCGCGGACAUGUUGCCUCUCGUUUCCGAUUUUGCCGAAUCCGCCAACCUCAGCCACCCUGGGAUCCUGCCAUCUCCAAAGCGUAGCACAGAUCACGAACGAAUGACUUCCUGCAAGGUGCACUUGUCGUUAGCAAAUCAAAUACUGUCCCUUCUCCCGUUACAGACCGUAUUGCUGAGCCAGCAAAAACCUACUUGUAAACAAACGAAAAUAAACUUGAAGUCCUUCGAUCCUCACAUCCAGUUCUACGUAAGAAGACAAUGAUGACUUUCCAGGCCAGGUCUAUAUUAAUGAAGUCACUGGAUUCCCACCGAGAUUAGGACACUGUUGAUGUUUCUCUGCUUCGUUCCCCCCUUCUCCAAUUUUACAACUGGUGUCAAAUCUUUUUCCCUAGGACCCAUGUAUGUAUGUAGUGUGAACCCUUGUUACAAUGCCUUGGUGUGGUCAAGAACAGCCUCUGAACAUACAGUCCCUGUGGUGGGUAGUUUUCCUGAUAUGCAUCACUCGGAUAUAAUGGUCUUGUUCCUACAUCUCAAUCAUUGUCCCUUUUCUCAAAGGAGGUCUUGGGUAUAGUGUCUUCUCUGAACAAAGGAGCCAUCAAGACUGUGAUAAUCUGGUAUUUCACUCUCCCCAAGAUUUACUAGUCCUAGAAAAUGAUCUGAAAGACAACAGAGAUUUUUUGUCUUUUCUCCUGUUCUCCAGGGCAGUUCCUACAUAGCUGAAACCGGAAAUGGUUCUGGAAAAGAGCAUUGCUUUUUUAAAAAGGUAAAUUAGGUUCCCCUAAGACAGGGACCCAGUUUUGGAAUUUUCAGGUCCACUCUCAAAAGGCAAAGCUGCUGUCAACCGAAAUAGAUCACUGAUCCUCCUAGCUUGUAGAUCACUGAUCCUCCUGGCUGUCGAUGGCUCCUAGCUUGUAGAUCACUGAUCCUCCUGGCUGUUGAUGGCUCUCCAGGGACUCAGGCAGAGAAGCACCUUUCCUGUUUUCUGAGGUUCUUAAACUGGAGAUUCUGAUUGAACCCGGAAGCUUCUGCAUGCAAAGCAGAUGCCUUCUGUCACAGAGCCAACAGUGCCUCCCCAAUCCACGAAAUUUCACCAAAAUCACCCAAACCCUUUCUGCCCUGCUCAUGAUAUCUUGAAUGUUUCAGUUCAGCAGGAUUUGGCCGAUUUAGCUAAUUUGCCUCAGAAUUUUACCUGUGGGGAAAGGUUGGUGGUCAUUCCAGCGCAGGUGCCUACGUACUGACCAAUGUAUGGCUGCUGUACUUUGUUUGUGUGUGGAUUUGGGGGGUUUCUCUUUGGAUACGCCACCAAACUGAAACUGAAGUCUGGGUGACAACCACAAGAGACAAUUCCACCGUUUUCCUUUGCUGAUGGGCUAGAGGGGUUUCAUUGGGUGCAUUCCACUUAAACCCAGCGGGUAUUUGAUAUUAGAAGUGAUAUCAGAUAGGGCAGGAUUAGGAAUUGUUUUGUGUGUCGGAAGGGCCCUUUAGUUGGAACUCUCAAUGUAUAGAAUUGGAUCAUAUCAAUCCCGGAAUGCAGUGUCUUUCGACAUUCAAGCUACUGCCCCAAUAUAGAUGCAUUCAUACUUUUCAUUCCUACCACAUAUCAGAACAGUCCUCUGUCUUGGAAUCUCUCUGUCCUCCCAGUUUCCAGGGUGAAGAUUUGGAUUAGGUUCAAAAAGACAGACUUGUUCAGAUAAUAUGAGAAGGGGGGGUGAUUUGAGGGAUACACACUAUGGAGUUUCCUUCAGUGUCAAUAUUUUCAAAUCUUUGGGACAUAUCACUGGACCAGCAUAGUCCAGCUUUAACAUGGCCUGGGUUAAUUUAGUGGUUUAAACGUUAUAAGCGUCAGGAGACGAAGCUUUCUUCAUCAGACUCUCAAAAGUUUACACCGCAAAAAUCUCGUAGGUGUCUACGGUGCUCCUGGAUUGGACUCUAGGUGGUCUGCACCAGAGCAACCUGGAUACCUGAGUCUAGUUUGGCAAAGAAGAUUUUGUUAAAGAUGGGUAGUUUCACACCACCUCACAGAACUACAUUUCCCAGGGUUCCCUGGAGCAAGGCAACAGCUGCUAAACCAAUUUGCCUGUAGUAUAAAUGCACAGUAUAAAUGCAAUUGACAGAUCUGCCAUCGGGCCUUGAAAGUUACCCCAGGCAGGGUAUCUUCAAGACAAGAUACAGAGGUUUUUUUUUUGGGGGGGGGGGGGUGUCUUCUUUAAGUCAGGCACAUGCAUUUGAAUCAACGUCUAAAGUAUUUUUUUAAUGCCAUCUCCAAAUUUUAUUGUUUGUUUUUAAGUUUAGUGUUGACAAAUACCCUGCAGAUAAGUCUGACGAUAAGCAGAGUCGUUCAUGUUAAAGAUCAGCAGUCCACCUGCAAUUAUUCAUGGGGUUUUCCAGCAUGGUUUUUUUUAAAAAAAAACUCUGAAUCUCCUACAAUCUGAACAUCAAUAAUUCAUCGGGAAUUUAGUUAGCAGCGGAGAAAUCAUCUUAGGCAAAUUUGGAAUGUGGGCAAACACCUUUGAAUGGCCCGGCGCUGCCUGAGACCUCCUUCUGUCUAUUGACUCACCUGUUAUGUGGAUAAUGCAUUGUGGUGGUUAUUGUAAGAGAAUCCCUGGGUCUCCACCAGGGUUGCCAACCUCCAGGCAGGAACUGGGGAUCUCCUGAAAUUGCAACUGAUCUCCAGACAACAAAAAUCGGUUCCCCUGGAGAAAAUGGCUGCUUUGGUGGUGGAUUGUAGGUCAUUAUGCCCCACUGAGGUCUCUCCCCUCUUUAAACCUGACCCUCCACAGGCCCCACCCCUCAAAUCUUCAGGCAUUUCCAUAUUCGGAGUUGGCAACCUUAGUCUGACCUCUACUGGAGCAGCAAAGGGUUUUUCUGCAGCGGUUAUUUCUGUUAGUUGUGUUCCCCAACUGUGUCUUUCCCCCCUCUUUUCUGCACAUGUUUUGCUCCCUCUAGUGGUCGCUUCGAUCUUCAUAGCUGUUUCUCUGGGAGUGGGGGAUUCCCUUCAGGGAGGCUGGGACAUUCCUCAGAAGCCCAGGAUGACUCAAGUGUUUGGGGGACUCCCUUGAACUGAAAAAAAAAAGAUAGUUGGGAGGAAGCUGCACAAACCAAGGAAGAGUUAUGGCAUCCCACUCUGUGUCCCAAGCUUCAUCUCUCCCUCUUGCUUCAUUCAUUGAAUUGGAGCACUUGGGCGGCGGGGAGGAAGGACAGUUAUGUUUGGCUGACUUCAUGGACCUUCCAGAAGCCUCUAUCAUCCAGAAUUUGACCAACUCCUGAAGCCAGCGGGACUGGGAAAUGAACUCUUGUGCAUCCUUUGUGCCCAGAUGUGCAAAGACCGUAAAUCUGCACAGCUCCUUCCCCUUCCUCCCAGGGGCUGUUUACACAUCUUCCACUCAGGGCAGAAAGGUGCUUUCCCAUGAAAUCCAGAAGCCUUUGUAGAGGGUGCAGGAAUCAACAGCCGCCCUCAUUUAGCACAUUGCGCAAAGCAAUGGGGAUGUCCUGGGGUUGCUCGUCCCACCCUUGGGACCCUCUGGGCAGUCCAUGUUGUGCAUAGCAGCAUCCCCAUAGAAACUCACAAAGUUGCCAUCUGCCCAUGACCAGAGGAACACUUCCUUUUCUCUAUCGUCCUCCUGCACAAAACCACCCUUAAAGCUACGGCAAAACAUUCCAGAUGCUGGCACUAUUAAACCCAUUCAUGGGGGCUGUGUAUUUUCAGAGGGGCCAAUUUAAAAAAAAAUGAGAAACCAACCUAUUGGGAGAUUUCAGGGGGAGGGAGGAACGCGAUGGAAUUUUCUUUAAUCUGUAUAUAACAUGUAAUUUUUUUGGAAAAGGAAAAAAAACUUUUUUUUCUUAUUUUAUUCCUUCCGUAACAGUAUUUUUAUUAUAUUUUUGUUUUGCGUUAGAUAUCAUUAUUGUAAAGAAAUAAUGUUAAUAUAAGUAAUUAGUGAAGGACCAAAAUGGUAUAAUUAAGGCUGUGUGUCGUAUGACUGAUAACCAGGGAGUAGAGGGUGUUUUUCAUAUUGUCUCUAAUGUGCCAAAUAACCCAUGGGUAAUAAUAGUCCUGUUCUUGCUGUCGGUUUCCAGACAAUCAUAUGUUAUGUUUAAUUAUUCUUUUUCUAAAAAGUUUCUGGGGGGAUUUGCAUUGAGGAUUGAGCGGUCUAUUUAUAUGGGUCUUUGUUUCCUUUUACGAUUUGGCAAAGAAAAGAAUAUUGCAACCAGAAAUCUUAGAAGAUGUCCUUGGAAAGGAAAGAGCCAAGAGGCACGUAUGCGCCCAUGCAAUGUAACCAUGAAACAAGGGCAGCAGCGGCAUUCCACAUUACAGCUGUUGUGGCGUUCAGGGCACGUGGGCAUACAAGAUACUGAUGGUUUUCAGAAAAGACCCUCCAAACCCCUCCUUGUUUAGCUAAUGGCCUAAUUUGAAGACUUACAAGUCUGCUCCAAAGAUACCACCUUGCCAAGUAGCUGGUCAGCGCUGUCCAUUUUGUGGGCUGGCUUUUCAAAGAGGCACAUGACUAGAAGGUGGGCUGACUUGGGAUUCUCUAAACAGGUGGCUGGUACAGUCAAUGCUCUUUGGUCCAGUGUGGAUGCAACUAAUUCAAUAUUUGGGCCUGUGCUAUGGCCUUGGUGUUGGAUACUGGUGACCAUGAAUUAAUUCUUUCCUUUGGAACUCUGGCCCCUUCCACACAUGCACUUUCAAUGCAUUUUGCAGCUGGAUUUUACUGUGCGGAAUAGCAAAAUCCACUUUCAAACAAUUGUGAAAGUGGGUUGAAAGUGCAUUAUUCUGCAUGUGCGGAAGGGGCCUCUGUGUCGAAAAGGAUUUAUACGCACAGGCAAGCGAUGCCCAGUCCAGCAGGAGAUAUGAGCACAGCACUGCUGGGCUACUACAAGAUUGCAUGAUUGGCCAGAAGAUUGGUAAUCUUUUCAGCACAUCGAUUCUCACUACCAAUAGGGGAAAACAGUUUUAACACUAGAUUAGGGUUUUCUUGCGGAAGGGGGCAUUCUUGUCAACUGAACUGAUCCAACUGGAGUAUCAUGUUGAGAUGUUCAAAGGAAUCUGGAACAGUCUGUACCCUCCAUCAACUUUAAUCUCACCUGCUCAGUUCCACCACCCCGAAAUGAAGAAACUAAGGCCCCUUCCAUACACGCAAAAUAAUGUGUUUUCAAACCACUUUCACAACUGUUUGCAAGUGGAUUUUGCCAUUCUGCACAGCUUCAAAGAGCAUUGAAAGCAAUUUGAAAGUGCAUUAUUCUGCAUGUGCGGAAUGAGCCUAAGGUUGUACUUCAGAAGACUAAAAACAGUUAAGCUGAUGAGAAAAAACGCUCUUCUAACCUGUUCCUCUUAAUUAACAUUAGUUCACCCUGCAUGCAAAAUAUUAACCCAAACCCUAAUUCCAAGGACAUGUCUUUAUUUGUGAAGGAUUGGUACAAAAAUCUGACCAGGAUAGAAGAGGAGGGUGAAAGGGUAUCUCUUUAUGCGUAUGUUGCAGUGGAAUGCCUCCCUUGAACCAGCCAAGAGGGGGCUGCUUUGGUGCAUUAUGCUCCCGAGCUUCCCUCCAUCCCCAACACAUUUUUCAUGCCAAUCAAAAGACCAGCAAACAAGGAUGGGAUUUUUGAAAAGUUCUCUUAAGGGAUCGUUGCAAGUGCCAAAUUGCAUGUCUUGAUGGAAACAAGAACCCCAUUUUGUCUGUUUAAAACCCAAGACUCAGCACUUAGAAUUUCAUGAGAAAAACAAAAUACUUGUUCCCCGCCCCUUUGUCCUUGGUGAAGAAUCCUAUAAAGCACUUGUUGGGUGACUUGAAACAUUCGGACGUUCUCCUGCAUCAACUCCAUGGAAAAGUCUGGGUGCGGCUCCGGUCGAUUUCAGUUGCGCAAGAGAACAUCCCGGUGGUUUGUGUCCUGUAUACAUUUAGGCAUAAAUGAAGCAUAGAAGCACUGGAAUGAAUUUAUUUUUUUUUCCUCCAACGUACUGCAAUCUACUGACUUAACAUUCAUUAUUUUUAAUAUGCUGUAUUUUUUAUUUCUUAUGUGGUGGUUGGAAGGAAAGCAACAUGGGUGUAGAAAUUUACACUUUUUUAAAAAAAAAUGAAGGAAUAAUCUAAUCUGCUUGUGCCUCCGCAGAUGAUCCGUGGGCAAAAUAAUUUUCAUAUUCGAUGGGUCAAAGUAAAGGUGUUUCACCGAAAGCCAUUGGAAGUGGUUUCCCUUUUGUAUUUUCUUAAUAGAUACACAGCCUGUGAUUUUUGAAAAAAGGUUGGUUGCUUCUGCCUAUAUAAUCCAAGUAUGUCUCUUUUUUUCUCUCUCUCCUUUCCUUUCCUUCCUGCAUGUCUUUUUUCUUCCUUGGUCCUCAAUACCACUUUUAGAACUUUUUUUUUUUAAUGAGCAAAAAUGGCAGCUUUUGUUUUCCAACAAUUAACGUGAGAACAAAUAAUUCUAAAGCCAUUUCUCAAACGGGCAUAUCUACACUACAGAUUUAAACUGGUUUGAGAGUCAUUCCGCCUCCCCCAAAGAAUCAUGGAAACUAUAGUUCAGUGGAGAGGGCAAGGUUAAGCAGACUAUUGCAGAAGUUUCUGCACCCACCGUGAAAACUACAAUUCCCAAGUUCCUUUGUGACAACCAGUCCAGUUAAAGUGAUUACAAACCAACAUAAACCUGUUGUUUAGAUAUGCCUCUUUACCUAUCUCAGCUGUCUUUCUUGCUAAUUUCAACAUGCAAGCUUUUUUAACGCCCGUUGCCUGCCUGAAAAAAAGAUGUAAUUUUUUUCUUGUUUUUUAAAAGAAACUUAUAUAUAUAAUGGUAGCAAGGAUUAUAAUUUGUGUAUCUAUCCAUCCUUCCUUCUCCAAUUCUCCGCCGUUGUUACAAUAUACAAAUUUGAACUAGGUUUUUUUUUCCUUUUAGAAAUGUAUAGUCUUUUUUAAUCAAUUGUAAAUGUCUUUUUUUUCCAAAUAAUGUUUUAAAAACAUUGAGAAAGAAGAAGGUGCUAGUUCUUGGCAUUCUGGAGUGUAUAUUGCUUCUGUUGUUUAUAAGUAAAAUUGCAUGACUUGUGUUUCAAAGUCAUUCUUGUGUCCGUUUGUGAAAUUUUUAUUAAAAACAACAAAAAAAUUCAGUAGAUGCACUUAUUGUAUAUGUGAUUAGGGGUAUUUUUUUUUCCUUUUGUUUGAAUUUUUCUGUUUUUUUCGUUAGGGGCUAGAAGCCUCGAACUGCCAAGGAAAAUUUUAAAUAAGUGGCAGUUAUUAAUUAAUAUGAAAUCGCUUUGUUGGGAGAGUAAAUGAAGUUAAAAGAGAGAAAGAGAGAGAUGACUUGUAGAAUAUAAUUAAAAAAAGCGAUUUUGCAAAAAUUUCACUUUGAUGCUUGUGAUAAAAAGAUGACUUGUGUAGAGAAAUUCCUUUAAAAAUAAUGACUAGAAAGCGCUGAUUUUGAGGUUAAUGCUGUAGAAUAGGAAUGUAUACCAAAUGUAAUCUUUCCAAUGCUACGACGGAUUUAUACAUGAGAUUGAUAUGCAAUAAACUU